AUGUGCCGGUGGAUCUUCUACUACGGCGAGGAGGUGUGCAUCGCGAAGCUCAUCUUCGGAUGCACGCAUGGGUUGGCGACGAUGUCGCACGGCGCGGGCUACACCCCCGGGUGCGAGCUCAACCACAACCGGAACCACCCGGUGAACGUCCACGGCUGCGGCAUCGGGUGGUACGCGUGUGAGAAGUGCGGGCUCGUGGAUAAACACGGCCUCAGCGCGUAUGAUCGACCGACGGUGUACACGACCGUCGCGGCGCCGUCGCACGACCGAAACCUGCGGUCGCUCUCCAAGACGAUAAGCACGUCGCUGCUGUUCGGUCACGUGCGAGCCGCGGGCCCGGGCGCGAGCGUGCACCAGUACAACUGCCAUCCGUUCAGGAAGGGACGCUACAUGUUCAUGCACAACGGCGAGGUCGUCGGGUUUAAGUCCAUCCGCCGCGGGCUCCUGAACAAGCUGAGGGACGAGCUGUUCGAGGACAUCAGCGGCACGACGGACUCGGAGCUCUUGUUUAACUUGAUCUUGAACGAGCUCCCGGACGUGCAAACGCGGCAGGACACGGUGACGCUGCAGCGCGCGGUGUUGAAGGGCAUCUGCGCCAUCAUCUCAGCGUGCAAAGGGAAGCCGAGCUCGUUGAACGUCGCGCUGACGGACGGGGAGACGGUGAUCGCGACGCGGUACCGCAACAGCGAAGACGAGGAGCCGCCGUCGCUGUAUUUCCAUCUCGGUCCGAUGCCGGGCGAGCGCGCGUGGGAUCUGAACUCCCUCGGCGGCUUCGACGCGAUGGAGUCGAACGCGAAGGACACGGACAUAUACGGCGUGAGGAAGAGCGCGUCGCAAAAGAGCGGGUUUAAGAAGACCGGGGCGUCGUCGGCGGGCGCGGAGCGAUUGAUGCGAAAUAAAUUCGUCGCCACGCAGGCGCUGUUGGUGUCGUCUGAGCCGCUGUCCGGGGACCACGGCCUCGAUCGGUGGCAGCUUCUCCCGCCGAACUCGAUGAUCGUCGCCGCGCCGACGCGGCCGAUGGCGGGGCGAUGCACGAGAUCCGCGCUCGUCGCGAAGCUAAAGGAGGAGGCGAUGGGAGGAGGGAAGCGGCAUAAUCUCACGCCGUCCUCCGCGCCCGUGUUGGAGAUCGAGAUUAAGGUGCGUUCUAUACACUGGUCCCCAUACGACCCCGUUCGCGUGGUGAACGCCGAUCCUUAA